ACCAGCUAUGACCCUUAGACAAGUGCCUUCUCCAGGCCUGGCCUCAGUCUGCCGGCCUGUGAAAUGGAGUGGGCGGGAGAUGGUCUUACGAAUCCUCCCAGCUUUGUCCCUUCCUAGCUGUGUGACCAGAGUGCAUGGCCUCAAUUUUGUUCCCUGUCUGUACUGUGGGGACAACCCUACUGCCUCCCUCAUAGGACCCUAUAGGAUGCUGCAUGUCACUGCUUAGCCUGGAACCUUAGCUCCGUGACGAAGGGCUGGCAGCACUGUUAGGACCCUAUGCGCCCACUGUCCAGACUGCCCCUUGCUUAGUGCCUGGGGUGAGGGCAGGUUGAGGGCUCUCACCAGGCUUGGAGGAGCAGGGAGAGGGUGCUCUGAGCCCGGCCAGCCUGGGGAAGCAUCAGGAAGAGGCAGGGCCAAUUGGUUCUUUGCCAUUCUUGGCAUCACCCCGCCUGGUGCUCAGAGCCCUUGGAAAUCCCAGGUAUUGGGCAGGGGCACCGGGCACGCUCACCCACCCAGAGGCGUUUGCUCUGAGUUGGGGCGCCUCCCCUUUCCAGGAGCUUCGCAUGUGAAAAGUGGUGUCCGGACAGGGCAGUGGGGACCAUAGGUCUCACUGGAGGCAUUUCAGGUCCAGUGGUCGGCGGGCAGGAGAACACUGGAGGAAGGCUCCUCUGAGAGGUUUCCUUCUCCCUUGGGGUUUCUGUAGGGAGAGUCAGGGCAGCCAGCAGCCAAGGGACUGGGGAAGGGGGUGGUCAUUUGGAAGGAGGGGAGGAGGUCCCGUCGCAGAGAGACUCCAGCUUUCAGCCCUGGCCUCUAACUGGGUCUCCGGAGAGCCAGAAAGUCCUGCUGAGGGAGGUUAGCCAAUCCUGGGGCAGGAGGUCUCUCCCAGCAGGGCCUGAAUUCCCACUGUCAGCAAUUCAUCCUCCCUUUGCGUUAAGAUUUGUCCACCGGGGUUCCUCUGAUUCAUUCGAUGCCUCAAACGCUGAUGCAGAACUUGCGCUUAUAUGAAAGGGACGAGGGAAAGGACCAGAGCCGAGUCCUAGCAUCUCCACGCUUGAGAGUCAAGUUCUAGCAGCGUAGCCAGGAGGCGUCUCAGCUCCUUAUAACACACGAGAAGUGUAGUAAGAAGGUGCUCUCAGAGGGAACGGGGACGCUUGUUCCCACUGUGCCGCUGGGCAAGCUCUUACUCACGUUUCAAGACCCACUUGAAGUGUCCUCUUCUCGGGGGAGCCUCCCCCACCAGCGCAGGGGGGAGCUGGCUGUUCUUGUCCUUACCCCCAGCGUGUUGUGAAUUUCUCCACCAUCGGCCAGCCUUUGGGGCAGAAGGGGCCCCAGCCGCCCACCCCCCCCAGGUUCACAGCCAAUCAUCCUUCACAGCCCUGUUCACAGCAGGGCCUUUGUCGCAGUGCAGUGGGACGAGCAGGGCUGAGAGAGUCCUCAAGGGCUUUGAUUUCCAGGGGAAGGGACACCUCUGAGCCUGUGGUUCUUAACUCCAUUCAGAAUCUAAGGAAUCUGAUGAAAGCGCUGGGCUCUGCCCAGAAAAAACAAGGAUGUAUUAACUUUCACCAGAGUUUGGGGGGUUUAUGGAUCCUCUGAAGUUCAUCAAGAGACUUGGGUUCAAGGUUAAGGACCUGUGAUAUGCAGCAGUGUUUUUCUAGCAUGAGAGCUGAGACCUGUUUGGGGGGUGUCUUAGUCUGUCCAGAUUGUUGUAACGGAAUACCAUAGGCUGGGUAGCUUAUAAACAACAGAAGUUCAUUCCUCACCGUUCUGGAGGCUGGGAAGUCCGAGAUCAGUGUGCCGGCAGAUUCGGUGUCUGGUGAGGACCUGCUUCCCGGUUCAUAGUGGCUGUUUUCUUGCUGUUUCCUUGCAUGGCAGAAGGGACAUGGGAGCUCUCUGGGGUUAGAAGGGCACUAAUCCCAUUCAUGAGGGCUCUACCCUCGCCACCGAAUCACCCCCCCCAAAGGCCCUCCCAUCUAAUACCAUCACACUGGGGGUUAGGAUUUUAACAUAUCAGUUUGGCGUGGGGGAGGACACAUUCAGUCUAUCACAGCGUGUGAUCCACUUGGGGCUCUGCCAGCAGGCUAAUCACACGUAGAAAGGGCAGAUUUUGUUUUAUGGAACAAUAUGACGUCGGGUUGCAAUGUAAAACGCACUGGUGUCAAAAACGGUUGGAAAAUGCUGAUAUGGAGGAAAGGGCUUAUGUUGUCAUCAGCUUAUCGAAUGAUCCCCUUGCUGAACAUUUGCGGAGCACUUGCCCUGUGCGCAAGUGAAGGGUCACUGGUGUCCAGGUCAGUGCUGGUCCUGCUUUUUGGGGCCAGGCGAGCCGGAGUCCCAUGCCACACCCCCGCUAUGUGGUACAGCGUGGUCACUUCACCUCUCUGAGACUCAGUUUCCUCAUGUGAGAAGUGGGGAUACCUUGCCCGCCUCCCUUGCUGGCCUGGGCAGAGUGAAUGAGCCGUGACACAUCAAACUCUGGCCAGGUGCCCAGGAAGUCUCCAAGUUCAGUGUGAUGGGGGAGGGGCUGAAGAGACAAAGCCGUGCCCUGCCAUGACCAAACUGUGUCCUCCCUCCUCCAGGCUAGUAGCUGACUGCUGACCAUCCUCUCUUGGCCAUGGACACCCCUGGCUAUCCUUCACCGUUGCCCACGCCCUCGGAACCCUGGAACGCCUCUUCCGCUUGGCCCCUGGAUGCCAUCCUCGGAAACGCGUCCACAGCGCAGAGUGCAGUAGGGCUGGCUGUCAGUGGCAUUCUGAUCCCACUGGUCUACCUGGUGGUGUGCGUUGUGGGCCUGCUGGGCAACUCACUGGUCAUCUACGUGGUCCUGCGACAGACGGCCAGCCCGUCGGUCACCAACAUCUACAUCCUCAACCUGGCGCUGGCUGAUGAGCUUUUCAUGCUGGGGCUGCCCUUCCUGGCCGCCCAGAACGCCCUGUCCUACUGGCCCUUCGGGGCCCUCAUGUGCCGCCUGGUCAUGGCCGUGGACGGCAUCAACCAGUUCACCAGCAUCUUCUGUCUCACCGUCAUGAGCGUGGACCGCUACUUGGCGGUAGCGCAUCCCACCCGCUCGGCCCGCUGGCGCACGGCGCCCGUGGCCCGCACAGUCAGUGCGGCCGUCUGGGUGGCCUCAGCCGUGGUAGUGCUGCCCGUGGUGGUGUUCUCGGGCGUGCCCCGUGGCAUGAGCACCUGCCACAUGCAGUGGCCUGAGCCGGCAGCGGCCUGGCGGGCUGGCUUCAUCAUCUACACGGCCGCACUGGGCUUCUUUGGGCCGCUGCUGGUCAUUUGCCUCUGCUACCUGCUCAUCGUGGUCAAGGUGCGCUCAGCUGGGCGGCGGGUGUGGGCACCCUCGUGCCAGCGGCGGCGGCAUUCUGAGCGCAGGGUCACGCGCAUGGUGGUGGCCGUGGUGGCACUCUUUGUCCUCUGCUGGAUGCCCUUUUAUGUGCUCAACAUCAUCAACGUGGUGUGCCCGCUGCCCGAGGAACCCGCCUUCUUCGGCCUCUACUUCCUGGUGGUGGCGCUGCCCUACGCCAACAGCUGUGCCAACCCCAUCCUUUACGGCUUCCUCUCCUACCGCUUCAAGCAGGGCUUCCGCAGGGUCCUGCUGCGGCCCUCCCGCCGUGUGCGCAACCAGGAGCCUCCCCUGGGGCCUCCAGAGAAGACAGAGGAAGAAGAGGAUGAAGGAGAGGAUGGAGGUGGGGAGGCUGGGCAGGAGGGAGCAGGGGAGCAUGAAGGGCCGAAGGAGAUGAAUGGUGGGGUCAACCGCAUCACGCAGCCGGGUCCCAGCGGACAGGAGCAGCCUCCCAGCGGCCCCACCAGAAAGGAGCGUCAGUUCCUACCCCAAGAGCCCUCAGCUGCGGAGAAGUCAGGCACCCUGCACAUCAGCUAUCUGUAAGGGCCUGCGGAGGGUCAGGGUAGCCCAAGGACAGGGCAAAGACUGUGGGUAUGCCUAGGGCAUGCCACCUGAGGUGCCAGGGGUCCGUGAUGGGAAGUUCAGAAGCCUGGGCUCUGAUGCCAUUGCUGCCGAGACUUGCUGUGUGACCUCAGAUAGGUCACUUCCCCUCUCUGGGCCUUGUGUUCUCCUCUGUGACUCAGGGAUGGGAGAUACGGCCUGGACGAGCUCUAUCAGAUAAGUCUGGAGGGGCAUCUCUGCCGGGCUGGGUAGGGUCAGGUUAAGGGGAUAGGUACCGACUGGCUUUCCCCUUCCGAAACAGAGCAUCCUCAAUCUUGGCCCUCAGAGGGAUAAACCAAGGCCUGGAUUUCCCGGGCUCAGAGUCAGGUUCACAAAAGAGGGAGUGGGGGCCCACAUUCACAGGGAGUGGUACUGCACAGGGAGUGGUAGGGAGAAGGGGUGUGAGAUUGCCCAGGCCCCCAUCAGCUCUCCCCGUCUUGCUGCAAGGCUGUGGGCCAGCUCUUCUCCUCUCUGGGCCUCAGGCCUCACCUGCUAAACAACCCAAUAACCUCCAGGCCCCCUUGGCCCAGACAGUCAAUGCCAGGACUCCUGUAUUCCCAGACAAGAGGGGAAGACGUGAUUUUCCAGGAAGCUAAUUGAGUCGAGCUUCAGGGUCCCUGACUGCUCGGGCCCUUCUGAGGCCCUGAGUCUAAUUUCAUACUGGUAAUUUUGUACCCCUUUUCUUAAAGAGGGACCCCAUAUUGCAUAAGCUUAGGCCACCCAAAGGCUAGCUCAGGCCCUGUUGGGGGCAGCUAAUCAAUCCUCAAAGCAGCUCACUUUGUGUCCUGUGGCUGGAGGGGGUCUCAGGGUCUUUGAGGGCUCAGGAACCUCCUCAUAGGAGAAAUCCUCCCUGCUUCUCCCCACUCGGCGACUAAAGUAGGGACCUGGCCCAGGCAGACUGGAACGGAAAGGCGGAGUGUCUAAACAGAGCUGGGAGGAGAAGGAAGAAGAAGAGGAGGGAGAGGAAGGGGGAAGGGAAAGGCAAAGGAGGAGGAGGUGGAGGACAGAUCUGCUCCAUGACCUUGGGGCCGACCUUGGCCCCUCUGGGCUGAGCUCAGUUGCAGCAUCAACGAAACAUGGUUGCCAGUGCCUGGCCUGAUGAAACUCAAGGAAAGGAUGCCAUCAGGGUGGAAAAGCAAAUGCUCUGAAAGGUACAGGCUCAGCCCCCUUGAGGGCCUGCAGUGCUGGUAAGAAGGGUUAGGCCUUGGUGGAAGCCUGGGGGCAGAGCUGAGAAGCAAGGCCUGGCUCCCCGGAGAGGUUGGGAGGAGUGGGGCAGCGCUGCAGGCUGGGGAGCAGGCCACCGGGUCCUCUACAUGCCCCGGGGCAGCACGUCGGAAAGGCCUAAGGAAGACAAGACUAGAGGAGGCUGGAGAGAGGCCACAGGGAGAGGCCACUGUCCAAGGCUGGGCCUGGGGCUGGCCUGGACGCCCUCCCAGAGAUGACCCCUUAGAGCCACAGCGAGACUGGUCCCGGGGACGGUGGAACCUCCAGUUAAAUCUCCCGACACUCCACCCCGCAGAGGGUAGGGGGUCCUCAGGGAAAGCAUGGGGACCACAAGUUGGGAAGCCUAGAUCUUCAACUCACCUUCAGAUCCUGUGUAGCCUUGACCUCUCUGGGCCUCAGUUUCCCAUCAUAAAGUGGAAGUGCUUGUCCCAGCUUGCCUGCCUCCUGGGAUUUGGGAAGAAAAGGAGUCGUUUGGGGUAAACUGCCGUGCACACUGCGAUGGCUGGGGCUGGGCCUUAACAGAUUACAGAGUGGAGGCAGCCCCCUGCCAGGCGUGGCCUUCAACCCCUUCUCCUUCACCAAGUGGCUUCUCUGUCUCCAGCCCUUGGGGCUGAGGGCGCUACAGGACAUGAGGAAGGGAAGCUGGGGGUCAGAGACCAAGGAUCAGGGAGGUAGGGCUUGGGGGAGAGUGAGGCCCCAUCAGGGGGAAAGAAGUUUACAAAACUAGAGCUUGUGUGGAGGUUGGAGGCCCAGUCCUCAGUCUGGUGUCCCCUGAGGCGGAUCUGGGGGUCUGAGGAAAGAGGGCCCCUGGCAUUCCAGCAUUUCCUGUUUUCCUGGCCAACCCUACUUUCCUGAUUCCUGGGACAAGUGAGCCUGUUCUACAAGGGUGGCUGGGAGGCCCCUUAGGGAAAUUCUGACUCUAACUCUUGUCAAUAAAGUCAGUGACACAUGACAACUGGCCUGGGCCAAUUCCUCUGGCGGGCGCUGUGUUUUUAGACGGGUGUGCCUGGGUGGGGGUGGGUACGGGCAUCCGUCUCUAUCGGGGUGCUCCUUCUCUCCUGUCUCUCAGCUCUGCGUGCCCAGGCCUCUUUGUGUAUAGCCUCCCAGAAUCCUGGUCCUCCAGGAGGGAUGGAAGACGUCCC